AUUCCGCGUAUCUGGUGUUCCCUGAUAUCUUCUUCCGCGGCUUACACACAUAUCGACAUGUCAAAACAACUCCUCGACCGGCUGGCAGGCCGCCGAACGCACCGCAAGUCGAGAAACGGCUGCAGCGGCUGUAAGAAACGCCACAUCAAAUGCGAUGAGACUCGACCGGAAUGUCGGAAUUGCAUCAUGGCGGAGCGAGUAUGCUCCUACUUGAAAACGGAGCCCAACGACAGCUCCUCAACAAUCAGCGCUGACAGGUGUUUGGCUAUUCCCAAAGACCCUGGAGAGGUGUACUCGUGUACCGGGCAGACUUUCACAGCGAGCCACAUGGCUUUCCUUCACUAUGCUCAGUCAAACAUGUCAGAGUUCAUGGCCCUGACUGGCAACAUACGGCCUCUUAUCGAUACUGCAAUCGAACACUCUCUUACGGCCCCGUAUCUUCUGGACCAGCUCCUCGGGUUAUCAUCUCUUCAUCUUUCAACGCAGAAUGGGUCCAAGGCGUCCAUGUACUUCCACCAAGCUACCGAGUUACAGACGCGAGCAUUGGGUUUCUUCAACCAGACAAAGGAGCACAUCUCGGACACGACGUACAUCCCAACCUUUGUAUUCGCUUCUCUCUUGGGCAUACAUGUUCUUUACGAAACACUGCAAUGGCACUGUGGCUCUCUCGCAGACUUCAUCGAUGCUUUUGUCAAUUACUCGCGUCUCCAUCGAGGGGUACGAUCCAUUACCGGGAAAUACUGGGACGAGAUACUGCAGUCUGACCUGAAGCCCCUACUCUUCAUCGUGGACAUCAUGAACAAAGAGCCCGUGCAGACUCCAGGUCCAGAAACGAAGCAGUUGAAAGAAUUCCUGGAAAGUAUACCAACACCUUCUGCGUCGACAAAUGUUUGCAUCACGGCGCUCGAAAAGCUUCAGUGGGUUAUCGACCUGACCAGAGCACAACCAUCAAAGUUUGAGGUCGGUGUCCAUGCUGUCAUGGCCUGGCCCCUAUGUAUUCCGGACGAGUAUAUCGAAGCACUGCACCAGCAUCAACCGGAAGCCUUUGUCAUUUUAGCCUAUUACGCUGCGAUGCUCCAUAGGUACCGGCGGUUCUGGGCAUUCGGGGGUUCUGGCGCUCCCAUAGUCCAUUUGAUCACGAAUAGUGUUGGGUCCUUCUGGCAAGAUGUCUUGGCUUGGCCACUACAGGCGCUAAUUGAAAGUUGA